UGGACGCCGCUCCGGGGCGGGUAGGUGCCCCAGGAUGGAGCAGCCAGAGCCCCCACCCUGCACAGUGGUGGGGCAGGAGGAACAGGAACUUCGGGAACGGGCCUUUUUCUCAUGGGCUGAGUUCAGCCGCUUCUUCGACGCAUGGUGUCAGCAGCGGCUGGCGCUCUUCUUCGUCAAGAGCUCCAUGCACCUGGCACGCUGCCGCUGGGCCAGUGCACCCCCGCUCUACACGCUCAUCGAUGUGCUCAAGUACAGCUACGUUCGCCUUGUAUGCAAGGAUGUGCGCGCGCCCAGCCGGCCUGCCGUGGGGCCCCCCCAGACAGGCUGCCCAGCCUUCAUCAUCGUCAAGCUGAGCCCGUUGCGAGACCGCCUUGUGGUGACAGAGUGCCAGCUGACCCACUCACACCCGGCCUGCCCGCUCGAGUUCGCCUACUACUUCCGCCCAGGCCACCUACUGGCCAAUGCCUGCCUGCCCGUGCGCACGACCAACAGGAUCUCCAAGCAGUUUGUGGCCCCAGCCGACGUCCGCCGCCUUCUCUCCUACUGCAAGGGCCGUGACCACGGCGUCCUGGACGCGCUGCACGUGCUGGAGGGGCUUUUCCACACUGAUCCUGAGGCCAAGGUGAAGCUGGUGUUUGUGGAGGACCAGGCUGUAGUGGAGACCGUGUUCUUCCUGACGUCGCGCACCCGGGCACUGCUGCGGCGCUUUCCGCGCAUGCUUCUGGUGGACCGGCUGCCCGGGCUGCAGGGCGCCCUAGACCUGUUGGCUGUGCUGUGUGUGGACGGGGCGGGCCGUGCGCGCCAGGCCGCCUGCUGCGUGGCACGCCCCGGCACUCCGAGCCUUCUGCGCUUCGCGCUGGCCUCGCUGCUGCAGAGCGCCCCGGAUGUCAAGGGCCGCGUGCGCUGCCUCACCGCGGGGCCCGAGGUGGCAGCCCAGCUGCCCGCUGUGCGCCAGCUACUCCCUGGCGCGCGCGUGCAGAUAUGUCGGGCCCAGGGCCUGGAGACUCUGUUCAGCAAGGCGCAGGAGUUGGGCGGCGCCGGCCUCGAGGACCCAGGCCUGUGGCCACGCCUGUGCCGCCUGGCGGGCGCGUCGUCCCCCACUGCCUACGCCGAGGCGCUGGCCGAGCUGCGCGCCCAUGGCCCGGCCGCCUUCGUCGACUACUUCGAGCGCAAUUGGGCGCCGCGCCGCGACAUGUGGGUGCGAUUCCGCGCCUUCGAGGUGGCCCGCGACCUGGACGCGUGCGCCCUGGUGCGCAGCCACCGCCGGCGUCUGCUGCGCCGCCUGAGCCCCUCGCGCAGCGUGGCGCAGUGCCUUCGCGACCUGGUGGCCAUGCAGUGGGCUGAUGCAGUGGGAGAGGUGGUGCCGGAUGGCCCAGACGGUGGAGGACCUUGGCUGGAGGGGAGGGGAGCCCCAGUGGAAAACAAGGACAGGGUGGCCGGAGAAUGGGGAGGGGCCCCCAAAGAAGGAAGUAUUUGGAGAGAUGUUCAGUUGGAAAAGCAGAAGGUGAGAGGGCUUGAGGGGAUUGUCUGUAGAGGGUCCCAGUUGGAAAAGGGGCACUCGAGAGUGCCAGAGAUCCGAGACUGGAGGGGCCCCCAAUUGGAGGAGCAGGGGCUAAGAGGGCUGGAAGGGUACACCCGGAGCGGGGGACCUCUGGAGGAUGGGAGGACUAGGGUGCUGGAGGCCGCCGAACUGAGCAGGGCCCUGUCUGAUCAGGAGAGGGCCGGGAGUCCGAAGGGUAGCGCCCGGAGAGGGGCUCAGGUGCACAGUGAUAGGGCCACCACCCUGAAGACCAGGGACUGGAAGGGUCCGCUGUUGGAAACAGAGAAGGGGAGGGGUAUGGAGGUCAGAAACUGGAGGGGGGCGCACUUGAAGAAGCCCCUGGAGUUGGUCCCUGAGAAGGGAGACCAGCAGGGACCUCAGUGGAGAGAGGAGAGGCAGAGAGGACCAGAGAUUAGAGAAGAGGGUGCAGUGAGAGAGGGAGCCAAAAGAAGGGAUCUGGAGGAUGUGGUUUUGGUCCAGCUAGGGGACUCUCGGGGAGCAGAUCUGGAGAUUGGAGAUGGGGGAGGAGCCCAGUCUGGGGGCCCCAAGAGCAGAGGAGGGCAAGGGAUGGAGUGUGGGGACACUGGAGGGAGGUGUCUAGGACUGGGGACUGAAGUCGUGUGUGGCCCCACCAUAGGGCCUGUGUGGGAGGGUGAACCAGAAUGGGCAGUGACAAGGAGAGUAUACCUGGCCUCAGGGCAGAGCCUGCAGGAAGGAGGUGAAGGAGGCGGCCCCAGGGAACCAAAGAGGCCUUGCUGCCCAUCUGGACAGGAGGAAGUCGACUGGGAGCCCCUGGCCAAGUUCCGAGCAGCCUGCGGGCCAGAGUUGGCAGACCUGGUAGCAGAGGAGCUGGCUUUUGCCAGGCAGCACGGGACCCGAGGUUUCCAUUGGACUGGAGCUGGCUUUGCCCUUAAGGAUGGCACCUCGGACUUCUUCCUGGACAGUGCCCUGACACGCUGCAGCUGCUCCAUCCAUGCUGCCCAUCGUCUGCCCUGCCGCCACCUCUUCGCAGCCCGCCUCCUCACCGGGGCAGCCUUAUUCCACAUGGACCUGCUCAGGGAUUGCUGGGGGAGAGCCCCAGAACCCUGACCUUGCGGGGCCUGGCUCACCACCCUCCAUGCUGAGGAUGGAAGGGCAUGCUUCGAUCCCAAAGAUAAUAAGGCUAAGGCCACAUCAGUCCCUCUGGCCACUUCCUGAGUCAUCCAGGGUCCUCAUCUUGACAGUGUGCCUCUCGGGGUCUGCCGGGAAGCUGACAGUGGUCUCUGAGGCCCUGGAGUCACCGCUGUGGAAGAUGAUGGCAGGCAGAGCGGAUCCUGAGGGCUUCCCUCAGAGGAAAUGUGCACUGAGAAGUGGUAGACAGGGUGAGGCUAGGGCAGAAGGAAAGGGACAAAGCUGGGGAAGGGGCGGACACCAGGAUCUGGGGAGAGCUGGGCUAAGGAGAACAAACUAGGGAGAAAGAAGCCCAGAGCAGGAGUGGUAAAGGAGUAGUAUCAGCAAGGGAGACAGAAAGGAGCCAGCACCAGGGGGUAGGGAGGAUAAGGCACAGGUAGACCAAAGAGCAGAAAAAACACAAAGGAAAGGUAUGGGAGAUGGGAAGAGGAGGGAAUGUUGGGUGUUUCUUUAAGUCCCAGAGACUUGCAUCCACUGCACCUCCCAGUUGGUCAUUCACAGAAGAAAUGGGGUGCUGAGUCUGGUGAGAUGAAUUGGGGAGGAACCAUCUGGACUACUGUUCUUCAAUAUUGAAAUAAAACAGUAUUA